UCUACAUCUUUCGCUGGCCCCUUGGCACGGAGUUAACUGCCAAACAGCCACAAACCACAUUUAAUGAGUCAUUUGACUUGCCUGCCCCAUAUCGGCAUUUCACGUUGAUAAAACGAAAACGCACAGCGAAAGUCGUCCGGAAUGCCACCCUUUUGUUGUGGUGGCCGCCGCUGUGCCAAGGACUUGGUGGAUGAAAAUCUGAACGAAGGUGGUCGCGACUCGCUGAAGGAGCCGAUAUACACCACGACCGCGGAGUAUGAACGACCAUUGUCCCUGAAGUUCUAUGCCCGCCACGACUGGCCGUAUUUUAAUUGCACGCUCCAAGAGGGGCAGCGCAUACGGGAGAAACUUGACCCGGUGUCACUGCAGAACGCACGUAAAAUGAUCAGCCUGGACAAGGGCGUGGACGAGGAGUACGAGAUGAAGCACAAGACGCCGCAGCCCAUGACUGUCAACCAGAUAUACGGAUGGUACUCGGAUAGAGCCCACCGCUAUCUGAGGCGCGACCGCGGCACAUUCGUCUUUCCUCACGAGAACGAUCCCAUGAUUGAGCAAAUUUUAAGGAACAAACUCAAACGCUCUUAAAGUUUCCAUCGUGUUGCAAAGUUUAGUGCGUUUACAGUAUAGAUUCAGAAAAUUUUGUUUUUGAAUAUGAACACUGUUCUGACGAAAUUAAAAGUGACCAAAUGACACUA